AACAAUUUGUAAUAUCGAGACUAAUGAAACAAAAUGGCAGCCUCCAUGUGUCGUAGGUCGAAGCAAAUAGGGCGAUAUGUCCAAAAUGCAUUGCUAUGUGUGUCCAGAAACAGCAGCUCUCUUCAGGUUCAACUAGAGGAAAACACUGAAGUCGAAUAUCCACCAGUGAAGCCCAAAUUUCCACCUGGAAAGUGGGGAGACAUGGACAGGAAAUACGCCUGGCACUGGCACGACGAAACGACAAAGAUUGCGGAGAUAACAGAUCCAAAACAACGCAUGGACGAACUCACGUCGAAGGAAAUGAAGAUGUGGCUCUUUAAAGUCCCUGAGGUUUACCCAAGACAAUUACUGUUUCAGCAGUAUGCCACAAAAACACACAUGGUGGAGGGCCUCCCUGACAUCUACACGAGUUUAGAAACGGAUUUAUUGGUGAAUAAAAUCAAAGAAUUGCUUAUUGAAUACAUAUGCUUAGAACAGGACAAGAUACUAAGAAAUGUAUAUCUGUCAAAAUUCAGUUCUUGGAUACAAAGCCACCAGAGAUCUCGCAUCAUCGUGGAUGCAAUUAACCGAUCCAUUUUACAGAUGACAAGUGAUGGGUGUGACCAUUUAGCAAAUUGCCAGAUUGGUGAAGGUGUACGAGUCAGUGCAUUCUGGGACAGACAUGGAAUUGAGAGAAACCGACGAGUGAUGCAUCCGACGAAAACCACAUAUGUCACGGUGCAGGACAGUCGGUUUCAAGCUAAAUAUGUGGCUGAUUUUCAAAUCAGAGUGGAACAACCACUGCCAGAGUUUGUGCCAGUUGAUGACCCAUUGUGCAGCAGUGUUGAUGGACCUAACCUCAAGUAUCAUCCGACUGUCAUUGGCCAGGUUCAAAUGAGAAAAGAAAAGCCAUCUGUUGUUGCUGGCCACUGGUUGGGAGAUCCGUGUGAGUUUGGCCAGCUCUCCAUGUUACUCACCAACCAAAUCCAGCAACAGGUGGACUACCACCAGUACAGUAAACAGUAUGAACUGGAAUUUGAGAAAAAUCUUGGACUCAGUGCAUCAUUUGUUUGGCUCGUUGCUCAAGCCCACACACAGGGCUUCAACACCUAUCUGGACUUGACCUACCCACUGACCACUCAAACCAUCUUGACCGACGGUCAGCACUUCACGUUCUUCGCCUACCAGUUGAACACACUGCACCUGUGGAAGAGCAACGACGCGAACCCGACACGAAACGUGUGCUGGCAUACUGACCAGAUGAAACUCUACGAUGUCGUCGAGGACGGCACCGUGAAGGGCUUCAACGACGAUGUACUCAGAAACAUCGUCAAAAUGUUCGUCUUGAAACCUCGUGCAAGGGAAGUUAACCUCCGGCCGACACUGCCGGCUGGGGAUAGCAGAUUAAUUGAACAGACCAAGUACUUGAGCGAGAAGCAAGAAGAGAUAGUUGAGGAGGUGGAGGAGACCUAUGUUUAGUCUCUUUCUUCGUUAUCUCUUCAGGUCAGGGUUGAUCCAUAGUUGAUCACAGGGGUAGGGGAUGUGGGGGUCGAAGAGAGGAGCAGGAGGCAACAUAUUUGUAUAAGCACCAACCACAAUCUUUUUAAUUUUAUGUAUACAUAUGCAGCAGGCAUAAAUUACUAUUACUAAUGAUUUAGUGACAGUCUUAUUCUAUUAACUUUUUCACUAAUUGCCAUUUCCAUCUCUACCCCCACCCCCUUCUAUCUUGGACCCAGUCACUGGCGAAGUCUGAGAUUGUGCCGGUGAAAACGUGCUCGAACCUUAAUUGGAUAUAGGCAUGUUAAUAUGUUAUCCAAUCCAAUCCAGUGGCAGUCUUUUUAAUUUACCCAUGUGAUAAGGUCAUUUCUUGUUCCAACCAUUGCUGCAAUUUUUGUAUAACAAAGGCCAUGGUAUGUACUGUCCUGUCUCAUCUUUCUCCUUGUGAUAAAUUCUGGAUCAGCCCUCAGGGUGAAAUUAACGUUCGUUCUGUUUAGACUGACAUUUGACAAAGACAUUUUAUGAAAGUAUACAUCAGUUUAUCAAGACGUUUUCAAACUACAGUAAUUAUGGCAAAUUAAAGGUUGAUUUAAAACAUGGAUGUAACCUUUUUGUUUUGAAAUAUAACAAUAACAACGCAAAAAUUUA